GCCACGGAGCAGAUCGAGGGUUGAGCUCAACAUCUGUGAGACAGUCGGUCUCAACAGCCAUGUGGCAAACUGGUCAAACUUGGAUGAUAUGGGCUCUAAAGACCACCAGAGCCACCGGGAGCCCACGGCUAUUUCAAGCGCACACAGCUCGUGAGACUUACUGCCUCUUGCCCGAGACAUCUGAGCCUGUACAUGAGUUUACAGCCCUUUGUGAGGGUGAGUAUCAAGGUCAACUUUGUCCGCCAUAGCAUGCAUGGUAGACUGCUGAUUGAUGCUUUCUGGGCCAUUUUCACCUGUCCUCCGCUCCGAAAGGCGACCCUAAAGGUCGACCGUGGAACGAGAGGAAGAAAAUUUUACGACGCCUGGUGCAGACUUCUACUUCUUACGGGACCGAGCGAGGUUGAUGAAGAACUGAUGCGUUACAGAGACCCCAUCUUACCAUGAAGGUUGGCAUCCCUAUGGGAAGAAACGAGAUGUCCAUCCCAAAAAGGGUGAUUAAUCACGAAGAGUUGGGUAGCCACUUGGAUCCAAGUUGUCGCAAGGGAAGCGAGUCUUCGACAAAACAACCCACAAUCGGACAUAUCUUCCAACCGCAGCACCCCGGUCGCUGCUUUGAUCAACACCGCACCAAGGCACUGAACUUUUCCAGAUCAAAUGCGAACGCCAGGCUAUUCAGGAAAUCUGAAGGCUUCCACCGAAAAAAACUCUUCGUAUAGAUCGAAUUCUGCCCCGACCAUGAACUUCACAGUGUUCUAGCUAGACAGAACACGAUAUCAUGACGCUGGAGCAGGCAACCUGAGCUUACGUCUGCAGCAAUCACGUCGACUGUUCUGCAUCUGAAGAGUUCUGGCGUUUCUAUUCUUACUUCAUUGAUCGGAAUUCAAGUACAUAUUCUUCCACAGUGUACCGGAAGCAACUGUGUUAGAGUGUUCAAAUACUCUCGAGACCACUUCACGCAAUAUAUCGAAAUCGGCUCGGAAUAUGCAGGCAGGUCUAUGCUUGAGGCAGCCUUGUGGAGAUCCUCGGGAUUCGCACUGUAAUCAGUCUGCAGCGCGCUCCAACACAUACGCCAGGCUGUAUGAUGCAGUUUGACUUACCGGUAAGUGUUGUACGAAUUUCGCUCAGACAGUGCCAUGUUUCGCCAGAUUUAUACGCAAAAAGCCCUCAAGGCUACCUCGCCUAUCGUCACAAUGAUCAGAUUGGCUAUCAACGAAUUCGCGGAUAAUGUUUCAACGACAUGCGAGGCCACUCCCCACGAGGUGAAUCAGUAACCAGGCUGGUCAACGUCAGCAGACCCCUAACGAUUCCUUCCUCCCAUUCAAGCAUGCUACGGGCCUCUACGAAUGAGAGAAACUCUCAUUCGUGAACGAUGCAAUGUGAAAACACAGACUGCACUGGAUUGCCGAUAAGUGCUAACCCCGCAUAGCUGUCAAUCUCUGCCAAUUGAGGCCCGCUGUUGCCUGGUUGCGGUGAAAGGCAAUGUCGACGCUGCGGGAGAACUCCUGUGUGGUGGAAGAAAAGACCAAAGAGCGGGAUCGACACGGCUUUCUGCCGAAACAGACGGCGAUCACGGCACGAAUUCUCCUCAUUUCGCAGCUUCUUCAUUUCUAAAUGGCUGGGAUAUGAAUUGCACGGUUGAAGACUUGUCGUCAAAAAGCAGGUUUUGCACUUUCCCCGCAUUUUCUUUUGUUUGACUUGCAGCCGCUUCCGGAUCGACGGCACUUAGAGCGCCUAAGGCUGUGAGGAGGCGAGUCUCCAGCAGUGCCAGCAAACCCAAGGAGUCUGCGUGGAACCAAGCAUUAUCAAGCAUAUAUAAGAGUUGUCAAGCUCUUUUGGCGUCCUUGAUGGAAAUGUGUCACAUUUACCGGUUUUCCCACCUGCCAAAAUGCUUUGUCUCUUGAUCAUUUUCGGUGCCAUCAGUUGGGUGAAUGCUCUUCCCAGUGCAGCUACUUGUUCCAACUCUCUUCCCAAACCGAAUGUCCCGGGAGCUAUCGUUACCUCCUUGACUGCAUCGGUGGUUCGUGACUAUGCUGUCAACAUCACCGGCGAAUCAAACAACUGGCCGGGCCAGAACAUCACAGGUCUCGGCUUCUGUCAAGUCAAUGUUAGCCUGACUCAUCCCGGGACUGGGGAUCAUGUCAACAACCAGGUAUGGCUUCCUCUGACCGGGUGGAACGGUAUAUUCCUCGGAGUGGGAGGUGGUGGAUAUGUUGCCGGAUCCUGGUCAUCGUUGGCACCCGCUGUCGAGCGCGGCUAUGCUGCUGUGUCAACCGACGCAGGACACGCUCAGAAUAACUCUGGAGACGCCACGUCGUGGGCACUGGUCAGCGAAGGCGACGUAAAUCAGAACCUGCUCCUUGAUUUUGCGUCCAGGUCGAUUCAUGACAUGACGGUGCUAGGAAAGGCCGUCACCACCAGUUUCUAUGGAUCCUCACCCAAGUAUGCGUAUUGGCAAGGCUGUUCAACAGGCGGCCGACAGGGUCUCAUGGAAGCACAGAUGUACCCGAACGAUUAUGAUGGCAUUGUCGCAUCUGCUCCUGCCAUCAACUGGAAUGACUUCACACCGGCUCAGCAAUGGCCUUACACCGUGAUGAACAACGAGCACUACUCCCCUCCUCAAUGUGAGUUUGACGCUGUUAACGCGGCUGCAGUUGCAGCGUGCGACCAUCUGGACGGCCUUCAGGAUGGUAUCAUUGCUGCGCCUGGACUCUGCAAGUUCGACCCUUCAAGCCUUGUUGGGAAGAACUAUACCUGCGACACCGAUGGGACAACUCGGCGCUUUUCGAGCAAGGCUGCGACUGUCGUUAAGAAGAUUUGGCAAGGCCCGACUGCCGCAAAUGGCACCGCGCUCUGGUAUGGGAUUCUCCCUGGUACCAAUUUCAGCUCGCUAGCCCCCACCGAGACCUUUAGCAAUGGCACCACUGUUGCAGAGCCAUUUGGUAUUUCUGACAGUUGGUUCCGCGACUUUUUGUUCAAGGACGCCAACUACAACACCUCGAAUAUCACCUACGCCGAGUUUCCGGGAUUAAUUCGUCAGUCUCAUGUGGAGUAUGAUUCCAUAAUGGGUACUAUGAACGCCAAUUUGUCCACCUUCAGAGCUGCCGGCGGAAAGAUGAUCACGUGGCAAGGUCUUGCUGACAACCUGAUUAUGCCGAAUGGAACCAUGGAGUAUUUUAGCAGGGUCAAGGCUUUGGAUCAGAAUGUCACCGAUUUCUAUCGUGUCUUCUUUGCUCCUGGCGUGGGACAUUGCGGUGGCGGAGGGAGCGGCCCCAUUCCAGACGACACUCUCAUGGCUUUGAGAAAGUGGGUUGAGAAUGGAACAGCUCCAGAAGUGCUGCCAGGAUCGAGCGGGUUCAAGGUCAACGGGACUAUCCGACACCAGAAUUUGUGUCUAUAUCCCCUUGUGUCAAAGUACAAUGGGAAGGGCGACCCAACAAGUGCAUCCAGUUUCACAUGCGCAAAGAAUUUCUGAGAGAUUGGAGGAGUAACAGCACAGCGGUGCCCCCUCGCGAGAGGAACCCAUGUCUAUAAGAAGAUGACACUGGAUUAAUGCGCGGGACAGAUCAGAGAACUGACUUGAUUACCAAUACGUGUAGCAGGAUAAAGAAUUCAGGACAUCUCGAUAGUUAUAC